AACUUCAGGCGUCAGUUUUCUCAUACGUGGUUACAAGAAUUGAGUAGAACAGAACUCACCGACUCAAAACCGCGCCAAAACUUGACAACUGCUAUAUUACCGUAGCAUAUAUGUUUACAUAAUGCACAAGAUUAUUUUUCAAUAUUAUUUUUUAACAAUAUAGUACGAAUUUAUAGAUGAAAUAGUUAUUACAUAGUUUUAAUACAUAAUUUGAAAAUAACCUAAGAUUUUUAACGAUGCCAAGGGUAAGAAGAAAAUAUCGUAAAGAUAGUAUUCUUUGUGUGAAACUAGAACGUUUAUCUUCUCGUAUAUUACGAAAAUAUAAUGUCGACGUAAGUAAAGUUAACCGCAGAAGUUUAAGAAACAUUAUAUGUUCUCCCCAAGCAGUUAAAGAAAAUGAAACAAUAUCUGUUGAGCAAAAAAAAUCUGUGAAAAUUUCAUCACAAACUAGUGGUAGCUCAGCUUCUAAAAAAAGUGAUAAAGGAACUCACCUACGAAGAUAUUCUGUGGUUGACCCAGAAAGGUCAGAAUAUGUAGUAGAAGCUAUUAGAUCAGUUACAAUUUUUAAUAACAUUCCCAGAUACGAAGUGAAAUGGUUAUAUUGGGGAGAGGAAUACAAUACAUAUGAACCACAGCAGAAUCUGAACUGUUCUGUAGCGCUACAAAAUUUUUUAGAUAGCGAAUACACUAAGUUUGAACCUGAAAUUGAAGUCCUGAUCAAAGAGCUUGCGGUAGGCCCCAUGUUCACAGACAGUGCUUUAAAGGAAUUUAUAGUCACAGGUGUAACAUUAGAUGAAACACUACUAAAAAGUUAUUUAUUAGGCCUUAUUGUAAAUCCAAAAGCUAAAAAUCAUGUUAAAGUAUUGCAAAGAGUGCAAAGCUUGUUGCAGAAAAAAAUAUUUUUAGACAAACGAAAGUCCCAAAUUGAAGCAUUAAGAGAAUGGGAAAAUAAAAUGAAUGAGGUAGAUAUUAAAGGAAAACUAAGAGUUAUAAAUAAUGUUGAUUUUGAAGGACCCCCUGCUGAUUUUACAUAUAUUAUACAAAAUCUACCAGCUGACGAUGUUAAAGUUUCCAACAACCCCUCUAUAGGUUGCUCUUGUAUGCCUUGUGGAUUUAAGACAAAUUGUUGUGGCAAGUUGCAUGGAUCGGAGUAUGCAUAUUUUGCUGAAAAACGUCUAAAACACACUGGAAUAUAUAUUUUUGAAUGCAACAAGAAGUGUAAAUGUGGACCUGAAUGUAAAAACAGACUUGUACAAAAAGGCCGUACUAACAAACUUUGUAUUUUCAAAACCUCAAAUGGGUGCGGAUGGGGUGUGAAAACAGAUCGACAUAUAAAAGCUGGUGAUUUUGUUUGUGAAUAUGUUGGGGAGAUCAUUAAAUCUGACGAUGCUGAACAAAGGGGACAAUUGUAUGAUAAAAUGGGCGUUACAUACUUGUUUGACUUGGAUCAUUUAAAUCCUUCAUCAGAAGCUUAUACAAUCGAUGCAUACAGAUAUGGAAAUGUAUCCCAUUUUAUUAAUCAUUCUUGUGAGCCAAAUCUUUGUGUAGUUAAUGUAUGGGUUGAUUGCCUAGAUCCAAAUUUAUCUCGUUUGGCUCUAUUCGCAUUAGAAGACAUUGAAAAAGGACAAGAAGUCACUAUAGAUUACAAAUUCACUGAAAAUGCUUGUUCCCAAAGCUCAAAGUUCAUGCUUUGUAAAUGUGGAGCAAAAAGUUGUAGAAGGAUUUUGCGGUAUUGUUAAUAAAAUUAUUGUACUAUAGUUUAUUUAUAAAUUAAUUUAAAUCGAAAAAAAAUUCUAAAAACAAUGGUUUAGCAGUUUUCCUCUGUAACAAUAUGAAACAAAAUUAUUUGAAUAAUUAGAAUU